UACGGACCUUCUCGAGACCCCCACACAUACACACCGCAAUCUCGUCGUGUGAACCCGAAGCUCCUCUCUCAACUUCGCCAUGUACAAGAUUGUUUUGCUUCUGUUGGCUUUGGCCGCUAUCGUCUUCGCCAUGGAGACCCAAGAUCAGGAAUCUGCUGAGCAAUACUACCGCAUCCAUGGCGUCUACCCAUCGUGGUACCCAUAUGGAGCCGUUCGCGCUUUCGGUAGCUACCCAUACGGUUACAACUACGGCGCUUAUCCCUUUGGUGUCCGAAACUACUACGGAGCUGUAGUAGCCACAGCCACGCAGCCAGAGCCACGCACCCAGAUCCACAGCUACCCUGGCUGUAGCUGUAGCCCAUACUGUGGCCAAGCCUCUAACCCUGAAUCUCGCCCUGAAUGCUGCGAAUAUGGCUCUUGCCGCCCCACCCCCCCUCCCCCCAAGGCAUAA